GCUGAGCUGCGCAGUUUCGAGCACGUGUGCGCGGGAGUUGUGCGCUCGGAUUGGAGCGGGGGCCUGCUUAUCCGGCGUGCCUUUCGGGUCGCUAGCGGCCCUGGGCCUUGGCGUUCGGUUCCCGGGGCUUGCACGUUCCAUUCCUAGGCGGGUCCUGGGCCUCCCGGGUCCUACUCGCUGCGUCCCGGGUUCGAUGCGCUGACGCCCCGAUGCAGGUGACCAUGGCGGAGUUCUCCCAGAAGCAGAGGAAGCAGCAUGGCGGCGAGGGCCUGGGCAAUGUGGUGGACUUCCUCCUGGCCAACGCUCGUUUGGUGCUAGGUGUUGGCGGGGCUGCAGUGCUGGGCAUUGCUACCCUGGCUGUGAAGCGGCUCAUUGACAGGGCCACCAGCCCCCGGGAUGAGGAUGAUACCAAGGGGGACAGCUGGAAGGAGCUGAGCCUGCUGAGAGCCACGUCACUCCACAAGCCGCAGCCCUCCCCUGCUGCAGUCAGCCAGCCCAUCUCUCCUGUGACCCCCGCACCCCGUACUCCAGUGGGGCCCACACCCACUCAUUCCCAGACGACACCUAAGCUCAGCUCCCUAGCACCCUUGUGCCUGACGUUCCAGGAGAAGCUGCUGGCGUUUGAGCGCAACCACGUGAUUAUCCCAGAAGGCCAUGUGACUUUGGUGAAACAGCUGACUGGAGACAUUGCCUUGGAGCUGCAGGCCUACCUGAAGAGCAAGUUCCCAGAGCUGCCCUUUGGUGCGCUUGUGCCCGGUGGGCCUCUCUACGAGGGGCUACAGGCAGGGGCGGCUGAGCAGGUGCGCCUUCUAGCGCCCCUGGAGUUGGAGCCAGGGCUGUGGAGCCUGGUACCUGGCGCGGACACUGUGGCCGGGGAACCUCGUUGCUGGGCUGUGCGCAGGACCCAGCUUGAGUUCCAUCCCCGUGGGCGCAGCCCCUGGGACCGCUUCCUGGUGGGCGGGUACCUUUCCUCCCGAGUCUUGCUGGAGCUGCUUCGGAAGGCCCUGGCAGCCUCCGUCAACUGGCCGGCCAUUGGCAGCCUGCUCGGGUGUCUGAUCCGGCCCAGUGUGGCUUCGGAGGAGCUGCUGCUGGAAGUUCAGCAUGAGCGCCUGGAGUUCACUUUAGCUGUGCUCAUGGUGGUCCCUGGGGCCAGCACCGAUGACCGCCUUCUGCUGGCGUGGCCCCUGGAGGGGCUGGCCAGCAACCUCUGGUUGCAGGACCUCUACCCGGUAGAGGCUGCCCACUUGCGGGCCCUGGAUGACCGGGAUGCUGGGACUCGCCGGAGGCUGUUGCUUCUGCUGCGUGCCGUGUGCCGUGGCCGUCCAGCUCUGGUGCGGCUGGGCUGGAGCCACCUGACUCAGGUGGUUCUGCAUCUGGGUGAGGAGGAAGUGGCCUGGACGGAGGAGGCCUUGGGGGAACGCUUUCUGCAAGCCCUGGAGUUUCUGGUGGGCAGCUUGGAGCAGGCUAGCCUGCCCUGCCACUUCAACCCCAGCGUGAACCUCUUGGACGGCUUUCGCGAAGAGGAGAUCGAUGACAUCGGCUAUGCGCUGUACAGUGGUCUCCAGUUCCCUGAGAGCCUACUCUAAGUGAACGAGGACUGUGAUUGGCGUGUUUUCUGAUGCUGGAGAGUAGCAGCCACUUCCCUCCCUGGACGCUGCAGAAUGGGGUUUGCUUUAUUAUAGCCAGAAUGGAAGGGAGUAUACAUUGCCCAAGCCCACAGGUGGGCAAGUGCCUGGGUGCUGGGGACCAGGAUUCCCAAACCCAGAGAGUCUGGGUUGCUGUCACCUAAAUGUGGCUGGCCUGCCCUGGCUGACAGCUUUCCAUGCCAGCCACACAGAUGGCCCUUCCCCCUCUGGGGUUAACUUAGGACCUUGGGCUCAGGCAACCAUCACCAGCAAUGAACUCACCAAGAACGAGGUGUGGCUUUUGAUUUCCUAGGUUUCCCCUAGGCAGAGGAUGUUGCCAACAUUUUUCCAAGAAGGAAGCUUAACGUUGGUUGGGUAGCAGCUCCAUGUAUCCUGGAGGCACCCAAGGCUGGUCAUCAAGUCUGGUGUUUGUUACUCUGUGGGGUGGGGGUCUCCUGGUGCCCUGGAGGAUAUCUUCUCAACUGUUGAUGGAUGGUGGUUCCCUGAAGGUUGUGCAUCUGUUUUUCUGGUUGAGUCCUUGGGCCUUGAAGUGGAAGUUGACUCCUUUGCUACCUGCCUUAUACCCCAGGGAAGAAUGAUCUUGUUCCCUCCUGCUUGGUUGGUUUUCUCUCUAGGCCAUGACUUACCUCUGGGGGAGCUCCUUCCUCACUGGGGAGCCGAGCUCUUUGCUGCCUAUGCAAGGCUGCUCCAGGACCUCACUGCAGGGUAGGGGACACAGCCCCUCCCAGAGGCCUGUGUGUAGCCCUGGCCUCUGUAGCGUGCCAAAAUCUUCAUGAUAAAUGUCUGUAUCCUUACCUUGCACCCUGAGCAAGGUGGCAUGGCUGGAGGAGGCAGACUAUCUCCUCUGUCUGGGGGAGCCUUUCUAUUUUAGAUACCAUCUCCUUACACACACACACACACACACACACACACACACACACCCCGAAACACAGCUCUGCCUUGAAGAGUGUGAAUAAAAGGAGAAAAAAUGUG